AUAUUUGUGGGUAAAUGCUGUAAAUAUGAGGCAAGAAGAUUUAAAAGAAAGUCGCUGAGCAGUGCAAGUGAAUUAAUUUGUCUCAGACAACAUGCGGCUGGGUUGCAUCCUUUUACAAGCAGGAACACUGUUUCUUUCCUAUGCCAAAGACUGACUGCGUUUGCCCUCCUGUUUUACUUCUGCUGUGGAAGAAAUUUAAGCAAGAACAUGUAUAGUGAAUUGCUCAAUUCCACCAGCGCCACUGAAGCUCACCUAAUGAUUCAGACCAACACGCCCUACCUGAGCAGCACCCCAAGACCCGUGAGCUCCUCUGCUCUUUACAUGUCGACAGCCAGGGUGUUAAAAGAAGGGGAAAUAAAUAAGCCAGACCUGGUGACUUACAUCAUUCUAUUUUUCUUUCUGUUCUUGACUGUGACAUUCAUUGUGUUCUUCAUAAACUGCCAGCUGAAAAAUUCUUUUUUUGCUACUCUUCCUUACGACAGAUCGCUCAGGGAGGCAAGGAACCCGUGGAGGACACAAGCUGUCUGACACCUCUCAUGCCAGCAGGAGCAGGCACCGCAAACCCUGUGCAAUGAGGAGCUGGUGCCAUGUGCCAGUGCAAGGAUGUGAGCCCCUUUAGAGUAGUGGGCAGGAGGAGAUUGCUCCAAAUUCUGCUGUAUGCCAAUCUGAGUAGCUGUAAAUAAAAAGCUCUGUUAUGAACUGAAGAGAAUGGUUUAGCAAAUUGAUACAGUUUUUGCAAAAAAUCGCCCCGUGAUUCCAGAUUAAGCUCUGUGUGUAUGCAAAUGUCAUCAUCCACCCAUUCAGUGUCCAUACAAGGAUAAUUGUAUUAACAACAAUCUCUGAUUUGGGCAUCUGGUGGAGCUUGUUCCCCCAUGUUUAGGAAACCAAGCAUCAAAUGUAAAAAAAACAGUGUAUUUACCUAACAACUCCACAGAGAUGAGUUUACUUUCUAGACCCAUUUCUCCCAACUGCAUGGUGAUGCUGUGGGAGGCCUGCCAGGCAGGAGGAGAAAAUGAAAAAUGUUUAUUUAGAUUUUUGAUUGUCAUUCUGUUAAGGGUGUUUUUUGAUGUUUGAAUGCAUCAUUGAUCAAGUCUAAAGUUACUACUUAUGUGAAACACUUACUACCUAAUGAAUUUAUUUUCAUCUUUCAUAAGCUGCAAAGGAAAUUAUUUGCCACAGCAUGAAACCAAAAUAAUCAGGCUGGGGAGAAGUGGGGAAAAAAAUUAAUAUAUUUAAUAUUAUGCAAACUAAUGAGAAGUGUGAGCAGAGUGCUCCAAGUUUGAUAUACAAAGUGAGUAAGUUCUGAAAGCCAUAAAACACAGCUUUAUAGGAAUAGUAGCUUUACUUUACCACUCCCUGCUCUUCAUGUAAACCUAGCCCAAUUUAGAAGUAUAAAUGAUCAAUAUGACAACAGCUUGAUUCAACACUGGUCACUGGCAGCCCCUACCAUUUCAAAUUACUAUCUGAUUUUGUUCUAAAAUCAGAACAAAAAAAGCUCCUGCUUCGCACUGGUAGGUGACAAGCUAUUUUGUAGAUGCUGAUUUCUUGUAAACUUGAUUACAGCACAAUUCCAGAUGAAGCUGCAUGAAUGUGGGAAGAGUGUCCAUAAUUCCCACAAACAGCAGGCAAAGGACUUGGGGUUUGGGUUUUUUUUGUUUUGCUUUGUUUUGUUUUGUUUUGGUUUUUUUUAAUCAAAUGGCUCAACAUACAGAAUUGCAGCUAUCCAGAAACACCUGGAUACAGUGUGUUUCUGGAUAGCUAAAUCCCAAAUCCUAUUUAACUAAAAAAUAGUCCUAAAUCCUGUUUUAGCUGCAGUUUUGGGUAUUGGAUCAUCUGAAAUGGGUUCAAAGUGGUGUCAGAUGCUGCUCCUAACCCUGUCCUUGAACUGCAGAGUACUCCAGAGGAGCUGCGUGUAUAUAUGUGUAGAUAAAUUAUUUCAUCCAAAGGAGGAGAUUUUACAAUGCAAUUAUACACACAUACAGGCUUGCACUCAAGAUCACAGACAAAAAGUGUAUAUAUGGAAGUCUGUUUGCAAGCUUCUUCUUUUAUAACCCCAAAAUUGCACAGUUGAUAACACUUCCAUGUCAUUGUCUUUGUUACCAUGUUUUAUUUUGCUCCAAUAAGCUAAACUACUACAUAACAGAUUUCAAUAUUUUAUUCCUUGAUAUGUGGCCAAUAUUUCCUAUGAACCAAAUUUAACUGCUGUAAUUCCAAUUAAUGCAGAAAGCAACAAUAAAUGCAAGUGUAUUUCUCUCAGCCCUUUUUGAAUAAAUCAAGUUUUAUCAAAUCA